AUGCCGGCGUGGGCCGAAGCGGCGCUCGUGCUCGCCUCGCCAUCCCCUGCCACCGCCUCCUCGACCACCUCGUCAUGUGGCGUCAGGCCGCGCGCCGCCGUGGAGCCCGGCAGGUUCUUCUGCAAGGGGUUCUCUUGUACCAUUCGUUCCAAAGCUGGAUUCCAGAUUCAUAAUUACCAUACAAGGACGUUCAAGAUUAAAGCAAAAGCAGAAUCUGGUGAUGGCUACACACGGCUUGCUCCACUUAGAUUUGAAUCUCCAUGCGGUCAGCUUCUGGUUCAAAUACUACAAUCACACCCUCACCUUAUCCCUGCAACAGUUGAUCAGCAACUUGAAAACCUUCAAUCAGAGAAAGCUGCCCAAAGCGAAGAAGCCUCAAAAGUUCCCCAGGACCUCCUCUACAAGAGAAUUUCAGAAGUCAAAGAGAAGGAAAGGCAGAAUGCCUUGGAAGAGAUUAUCUACUGUUGGAUUAUAUAUAGGUUCAUAGAUAAUGACAUAUCUAUGACAUCUACAUUAUCACCAGGGGGUGGCCCUGUGCGUGACAUAUCUGCGUUGCCUAAUCAAGAGGAUAAAUUGCAAAGCAUACACUCCGCAGACGCUUUUGAGAUGAUACAAAACCAUCUCAAUCUUAUCAUGGGAGAAAAGAUAGCAGCACCGCCGGAUACUGUUGUUGAAAUCAGCAACUUGAAUCUUGGAAAGCUGUAUGCAGCAUCCAUCAUGUAUGGUUACUUCCUGAAGAGGGUGGAUGAGAGAUUCCAACUUGAGAAAACUAUGAAGACUCUCCCACCAAACCCCAAGCAGCAGAUAGUAUUUGAAAACCUACAACCUAAUCCAUUCUGGGAUAUGGAGUCCUUAGUACAGAUUACACCUGAUGGGGAGGAGAUAAGUUUGGAAAACGAAGAAUCAAAUCCAAACAAGUUGAAGUCUUAUGUCUCACAACUGGAUGCUGAUACAUUGCAAAGAUACGCUACUAUCAGAUCAAAGGAAGCCGUCUCACUGAUUGAGAAGCAAACUCAGGCAUUGUUUGGACGGCCAGACAUCAAGGUAUUGGACGAUGGUUCGGUCAAUGCAAAGGAUGGUAGAAUGGUAACAAUCACAUUUACAGAGCUGAAUCAUCUGGUCUUGGAGGCAGUUGCUUUCGGUUCCUUUCUGUGGGAAGCUGAGAGUUAUGUAGAAUCGAAAUACCAUUUUGUCAACAGUUGA